ACACUGGUGGGAGACCCAUCUCACCGGUUGAUACCUACCUACCUAGCUGCUUGCGACGUCAUGACGUCAGGUGAUGGUUAAAACACCUGCAGAUCGGUAUUAGCGUAGACCAGGCGUCCUAUGCCAACACUAUCGCUAUAUAUCAAUCUCUCCCGUGACCUGGUGUGACCAGAGCGACCCCUGACCAUGCUGGAGCCGAACCAGACGCUGUGGUUAGCUAUGGGGAUCGUGGCGGCGAUUGUGGGAGGGUACGCGCUGACGUCUCUGUUCCUGCUCCGCUUCCCAACUCUCCUGCACCGCAAGAAGCAGCUCAAGUUCUGCUGUAAGCACAUCAGCCACAGAGGAGGUAUGGCUGAAGGUUUGGAGAACACCAUAGGAACUUUCCAACAUGCUGUAGACCUUGGUACUGACAUGUUGGAGCUGGAUGUACAGCUGUCACAAGACGGGAUAGUAGUCGUGUCACACGACAACGAAAUCAAGCGCACCACAGGCGCGGACAUAAAGAUAUCAGACACCAAGUUUGCAGAUCUACCUCCUCUGCACACUCAUCAGGAAGUUACAUUCCUCAAUGCUCUCCCAGUCUGUUUCCCAGAUGCUACAGACCGAAGUUUCUGCCGACUGCGGGAUGUUUUUGAGAAAUUCCCAGCUGUGGUCAUCAAUAUAGAUAUCAAAAAUGAUGAUGAUGAGCUCAUUGCAAAGGUUGGGGAAAUGAUCCAUGAGUACAAGAGAGAAGCUAUCACUGUGUGUGGCAGUCGACUAGACACUGUCGCUCACAAGUUUCACCAGCAGCACCCAGACAUCCCCUUGUUCUUCAGUGCCAAGCGAGUUGUACAGCUGGUGUUACUGUUCUACAGUGGUCUACUGCCUUUCAUUCCGCUCAAGGAGUCUUGCCUCGAAGUUGUCAUGCCCAGCAUCGUUUGGGGAGAACGUUGGGCAGAUACGGUACCUACGAAAUACAAGGUGUUAGCACGCGUUGUUGACUUCUUACUGAUGAGCAAAGUGCUGAUUCGUCACCUGGACAGGCGCGGGAUCCACACGUACCUCUGGGUCAUCAACAAUGACGCCGACUUUGAGCGCGCGUUCAGUCUCGGCGCCAAAGGAGUCAUGACAGACUAC